GCACUGCUGGGUGGCAUUGCUGGGCACAGGUGGGUGCACUGCUGGGCACAGGUAGGUGGCACUGCUGGGCACAGGUGGGCGCACUGCUGGGCACAGGUGGGUGCACUGCUGGGCGCAGGUGGGUGCACUGCUGGGCACAGGUGGGCGGAGCUAGUGGGCAGAACUGGUGGGUGGCGCUGCUGGGCACCGAUCAUCAGGGCACUGAUCAUCAGUGCCCUGAUGAUCAGUGCCGAUCCCUACUCUGACAACUGCCGGUUCUCGGCAGUACUUUCCUCACAAUCUGACAGCGUGAGGAAAGUGCAGCCGAGAACCAGCAAUUGC